GGGGCCGGGCGGGCGGCGGAGCAGCGCUCUCCCCAUGACAUCAGCGCGGCGCGGCCCCGGGGGAGCGGGCGGGGGGUGGGAGCCGGCGCGGCGGCGGCGGCGGCAGCGGAGCGGAGCGCGGCCCCGGGCAUGCUCCCGGAGCCCAAGUAUGAUCGCUUCCGCGACGAGCCGCUGACCGCCCCCAUGCCGUCGCCGGCCCCCGCGCCGUGCCCCGCGGCGGGCGAGGAGCCCGAGCACGGCACCACCUUCUGCGCGCUGCUGCCGCGGAUGCCGCAGUGGAAGUUCCCCGGCUCCAGCGGCUUCCUCGGCCGCGGCCCCGCCGGUGCUUCCCGGGACGCCCCCGCCGCGGCGGCGGAGCCUCCCUCGGGGCUGGCCGCCGUGCUGGGCGCCUGCGAGCCGCUCUGCGCCGCGCCCUGCGCGCUACCGGGCGGCGGGAGGGCGCGGGGAGCGGCGGGGCGGGCGCGGGGCGCGGCGGCGGCACCGGCACCGGCGGGGGCCCGGCCCGGCGGGGAUGAGUGGAGCCGCAAGGGCAGCUUCAUCCGCAAACCGGCGCAGGGCUGGCUGCACCCCGACGAGAGGGUGCUGGGGCCCGGUGUCUCCUACAUUGUCCGGUACAUGGGGUGCAUUGAGGUGCUGCGCUCCAUGAGGUCCCUGGACUUCAACACGCGGACUCAGGUCACCAGAGAAGCCAUCAACAGACUGUACGAGGCGGUGCCGGGUGUGAAGGGCAUCUGGAAGAAGAAGGCUCCCAACAAAGCCCUGUUCUCCAUCCUGGGCAAGAGCAACCUGCACUUCGCUGGCAUGAGCAUCGCUGUCAACAUCUCUGUGGAUGGGCUGAACCUCAUGAUCCCCACCACUCGCCAGAUCAUCGCCAACCACCAUAUGCAGUCCAUCUCCUUCGCCUCCGGUGGGGACAUGGAUACCACGGAUUACGUCGCCUAUGUGGCCAAGGACCCCAUCAACCAGAGAGCCUGCCACAUCCUGGAGUGCUGCGAGGGGCUGGCGCAGAGCGUGAUCAGCACGGUGGGCCAGGCCUUCGAGCUGCGCUUCAAGCAGUACCUGCACAGCCCCCCCAAGGUGGUGGUACCCCCAGAGAGGGCGCUGGCUGCAGAGGAGUCAGCCUGGGGCGAGGAUGAGGAGGGGGCAGCAGAGCACGAUUACUACAACAGCAUCCCGGGGAAGGAGCCGCCUCCAGGGGGCCUGGUGGACUCCCGGCUCCGCCACAUCCGCGCUCAGCCCUCCAGCUCCAUCCCCUGCAGCCAGGGUGGGUCAGCAGCCAGACGAGACCCGAGCAGCCACCUGGGGCCACCCUGGGACGUGGAGAGCCAGGGCCAGCCCUGUGAUGGGUACCUGCAGGCUGACAGCCACACCCUGGGGCCACGGGAAUACGAGGAGCACAUGUACGUGAACACACAGAGCCUGGACACCUGGGAGCCCGAGCUGGUGGCUCAAGGGGCAGCAGAGGAGAGCCCCAAGAAGGAUCUGUUUGACAUGAGGCCCUUCGAGGAUGCCCUAAAGCUCCACGAGUGCAUUGCAGGGGGUGCCAGCAGCCCCCCCAUCGAGGACCAGUGGCCGAGCCCCCCGACAAGGAAAGCCCCCAUCGCCCCCACGGAGGAGCAGCUGCGGAAGGAGCCCUGGUACCACGGCAGGAUGAGCAGGAGGGACGCCGAGAGGCUGCUGCAGAUGGACGGGGAUUUCCUGGUGCGGGACAGCCUCACCAACCCCGGGCAGUACGUGCUGACAGGAAUGCACAGCGGGCAGCCCAAGCACCUCCUGCUGGUGGAUCCCGAGGGAGUGGUGAGGACCAAGGACGUGCUGUUCGAGAGCAUCAGCCAUCUCAUCAGCCACCACCGGCAGAACGAGCAGCCCAUCGUGGCAGCCGAGAGCGAGCUGCACCUGCGCCAGGUUGUGCAGAGGAAGCAGUGAUGCCAAGGGGGUACGUGAGCCCCCGACCUGCUCCCCCGGCUCUGGACUCACCCCAGGGCAAAACUGGGGUCUCUUUGUGCUCCCCCUCUCCAGUUGUGCCUGGAUUUUGAGGUUUGGGGUCAGGCUCCCCGUUUUCCUCCCCAGUGAGGCUGGGUGGUGCCUGGCCCUGCAGGUUCUCCCUGGCUGCUGCCUACCUCCAUCACCUGCACGGGGUGCCCUGCCCAGCUGGACACACAGAGGUUUAAUUCCACACCUACAGGUGAAAAACACUCUUGGGGUGGGAGCUGCUCAGUGGCCUCAGCAGGAGGGACAGAGCCUGAAGCCACCUCAGGCAGGGCUGUCCCCACUUGCCCCAGCACUGCAGUGGGGCUGGUGGAUGUUGCUGCAGCCCCUGGCUUGGCUCUGCCUGUGGGGCCAGGCACAACAAUCUCUUGGACGCUGCUGUUGGAUGUUCCUGUUGGGGACGUCCCUUUUCAGCUGGAUUCUCCCAGGAGUGGCUGCCACAGGAUGCUCCAUGUGGCCCCAAGACCCUGCAGCCAGACCAGGGCCAGGAUGGAGCUCACGAGGGCUCACAAGGUGUCUCAUGGCCAGCUCAGGGGCUUUGCCAGGUUUUUGUGCCAUCACAGCCCCCUUUACCCGCCCUGUGUCUGGUGCUGGGCACGGGUUUGUGCUUUGGAAUACAUUUCUAAUUAAACCUGGAGAUGAGCAAGGAGCACAGGUGGUUCAUGCUGGGAGAGGUUUCCAUCACACCAGCUCCUGCCUGGUCUCACCUUGGACAACCCAUCCUGUCCAGUCACACUUGUCCCUGUCCCACAUGGGUCACCCAGUGUCCCCUCUGGGUCACCCAGUGUCCCCCAUGGGUCACUCAGUGUCCCCUAUGGGUCACCCAGUGUCCCCCUGGCUUCAGAGUGGCCUUUGGCACCCAGGGCUGGCCCUGCACGGCCUCUCCUCUUCUCACCUGGCAGCUCCCUGCCCUGCUGGCUCUCCCAACCUGCCUCCACCUGGAGCAGCCACCCCUGGGGUGGCUCUGAGUGGCACAAACCAAGCUGUGACCCACUGUGGGUGACAGCAGAGCCGGAGCUGUGGGUGGGUCUGGCUGUGGCUCCUGUGUCACACACAACUGGGGGGUCCAGCAGGAAUCCUGGCUCUGCUCUGUGUCCCCAGCACCCAUCCUGGGGAGCAGGGUCACCCCAGCACCCUCAGCCCCUCGCUGGGGAUGGCCCCUGCCAGAUCUGGCCGGUGCCAGCCGAGCCAAUGAAUAAAAUGAGCCCCUAAAUAAAGCCCAGUAAUGAAUGUGUAA